AGCCAAUGGACAGGUUGUAGAAACAAGUGUGACGUCAAAGUUAAUAGGCCCACGUGAUGUUCUCGAGGUUUGGAUUCUCAAUUGGGAAGCCAUUGCUUUGCGGUGUACAUAGACUGGAAUGUUAGCACGUGCUGUCGGAGAGAAGAAAUACUUGAAAAUAUGCCAUUUAAAUGCUGUGUAACUGGUUGUCGGGGAAAUUAUAAAGGUACUGAAAAGGUGCAUACAUUUUCCUUUCCCAAAAAUGAUGCUCUUAGAGAGAGGUGGCUAAGAAAUAUACCUAGGAAGGACUUCUCAGCAACUCCAUAUUCUCGGGUGUGCCAUAAACAUUUUCAACCUGAUGACCUCAUCUGGGAAACAUCAGCUUUCGAUGAAAAAAAUGGGAAAAUCAUUAAAGCUUCACUGCAGAGACCAAAACUAAAAGAAGGCGCUUUUCCUAGCAUAUUUGAUGGCUGUCCAUCGUAUUUAUCUUCACAAGCUGGUAGUUCGAGAAAAAGUCCGAAUGAGAAAAAAAUGGAACGAGAAGCAAACCUCAUGAUGAAAGCUAUUGCUCAUAGUAAAUUAUCAGCUGCUGAGUAUUAUAAAUCGAGGACAUUUUCAGACUUUAAUGAACUUUUAACCUGUUGUAUGCAAUAUAAUUUUCUACAUUUUGGAACGUUGUGCACAAAGACAAUAUCUUGA